AUGAUGCAGUAUUAUUCGUUGGAUACACCAAAAAGCACACAAAUUCUCGAUAAAAAUGUUAAAGUUGACAAAAGACUUAGACCCAAUAUAUCUAUGAGAUCAAAUGUUUCAAAUUUAUUCGAGGUCGAACCCGAGAAGGUUUAUGCGACAUCCGAAUCAUGGACCGGCGAGGAAGUUCGAGUUCUUGAGAAGAUGCAAUGUCGUCAUGGGUUGGUGGCCGCAGUAUUGCAAGCUUAUAACGGUCAUCAACAUUUGUGUUUUUCCCCUGAUGACAUCUGGUUAACCAUAGCUCAAGGGGUUAGCGCUCAUAUUAACUUUAAUUUUGAGAAAGAGAAAAAUAAAUUUGUUAAACUUAACGAAAGGGAAAAUAUCAUUCUAAAGGAAAGCAACUCAUCAAGUGAAUCAAGGGACUGGUCAAAAUGUGUUGACGACCUUGUUGAGGAAACCACCAAAUUGAUCGAAAAGGUUGACUUAAAAUCAUUGUUGGAAUGCGAUUUUUCCACGAGUACGUCAAGUACAAUCACGGCGAGUCGGGUCAUCUUACUCGAGAGUAUGAAGAAUUACUACUCAUAUAACAUGGGAAUAUUUUGCGGUAUACCUAAAAUUACGUUAGAAGGUAGGAUCGAGGAUUGGUUGUUGAUUCAAGAAAAAUUGAUUCGAUUACGGAAUCUUAAUCUGGACUUGGACUUUUGGUUAAAUGAUUUGGAUUCGAUUAUUUGUCAAUUUAUUGAAACCUUUAAAGGAAAUGUUGAUAGACAAUUUUGGAAAAACAUCGCCAAGGAAGAUUAUGGUUGUGGUGGACCUCCCGAAUUAACGGGUUGGAUUACCAAAUUCUUUCCUUAUGAUUGUAAUGGUGAUUUGGUUAACAAUUGGUUAGAUGAAUCGACCUUACCUGAUGGUAGGACAACCAUCACAUUUAAUCUCGAGAAGGGAGAAAAGGAUUCCGAGGAUUUGCUUUUCGCAUCAGGAUUUUUAGGUGUAAAACAGCAAAUUAUUGAAAAUUCCGAUGAAGUUAUCGUAAAACCUGUCAUCGGUUGGGCAAUUAUUUGUAAUAGAGUCAAAGAAUCUCCAAUCUUGAAUACCAACAAUAAAAAAUUCAGAUUGUUUUGGUGUUAA